ACACUGCUAUUAAUAAACGCAUUUAAAAACAUUACAUUACAUUUAUUUUUUGUAGUGCAAUUAACAAAAGUGGGCUCGCCUGUUGUUUAAGCCGAAGGCACGUUCGAGUCAGUGAAACGUGGGCGUGCCAUACUAGCAUAGUUUUUAGCCUAGAAAGCCGAUAGACAAGUGCAAAUUGGCGAAUGAAAAACUGCGAUUCAUUCUCGGGUCAACAUUUGUGACUGCAGUUGCGUGUGUGCGUGUGUGUCGAGUCGCGUGCGUGUGUGUGCGAGGAGUGUUGCCCGUGUGUGAGUGACGACAUUGGCAGCAGCAGCGGCAGCGGCAGAGCCUCCUCCUGCGCCUCCCCCCACCACUCCUUGCAACGCACAAGGAAAAAUGAAAAUGUGCCAUGAAAACGCUGUUGUUGUGGGUGUGGGUGUAGCCGAGGAAAACUAAAGGACACAGCGAAGAAGAAGAAGCAGAAGAAGGAGAAGAAGACUCAAACGAAGGACUUGGAAAAUGUUUCCCCGUCAGGGCAGUGGCACAACAACCACCGGACAGGCACUGGGCACAGGCUUAGGCCUAGGGUCAGGAACUGGCUCUGCCUCUGGCCCGGGACCAUCACAGGCCCAUGGCUCGGGCUCUGGCUCUGGCUCGGGCUCGGGCUCGGGCUCGGGCUCUGGCACCACAGCCGCUAACGCCACACCCGCCACACCCUCACCCUCACCCGAUCUCUACCUGCGUCCAUUACCCUACUUGGAUGCGAAGUGGCUGCGCGCCGAUCUCAUUUCGUCCCUGCGCAACGCCUCCGAGGGCGCAGUGCUGUGGAAUCACCUGAUCCAGGACUGCGAACUGGUCUCCUCGCCCUCGGCCCCCCUGGUGAAUGCGCGCGGCCAACUGUCGUACCUGGGCGACGAUGGCAAGCACUACUGCGGGGCCCAGCAGCUGAAGUGCUCCUGCUGCCAGCCGGAGUACUGCGGCCCCCUGUCCGCCUGCAACUGCGACAGCUGCCGGCCCCUGGACUCGGACACGGCCAUCAAGAAGCUGACAUCAGCCGCCGCCCAGCAGGCAGCCGCCCAUGGCAGCCAGGCCACCGAUCUGAUACUCAGCAGCUGGCAGUGGAGCCAGCCACCAUCGCUGGCGGCCAAGCAGGACUGCCAGCGCACACUGAUCGCCGAGCUGCAGGAGCUGGCACUGCGCGCAGCCGGCAACUGCCUCUCCGCGCAGCAUCUGCGGCAGCAGCUCUUCAUCUACGAGCGCUACUACGUGGCCCUGAAGCGACAUCGCCAGCAGACCGGCAGCCAAGCAGCAGCCACUGCAGCCACAACAACGACAGCAACGACAACGACGAUCCAGGCAGCUGGUGGAGCUGCUGCUGCCGCUGCUGCGGGCAGCUUGGAGGCGCCCAUGUUGGAUCCAACCAGCCAGGAGGCGGAGCAGCCGGAUCAUGCCGCACUGGGACUGGCGCGAGUGGCCACUCGAGCAGCGCUGAACUUUAGCUUCGCGUUCCUGCGGCGCGCCUGGCGCUCGGGCGAGGACACGGAGAUGUGCAGCGAGCUGUUGAGCGAGGCGCUGGAGUCGCUGCAGGAGCUGCCCGAGGCGACGCUGUUCGAGGCGGCCGAGGUGUCGCCGCUGUGGCUGGAGGUGAUGGAGCGCUCCAUCAAGUUCCUGCGCCUGGUGGCGCUCGGGGACCCGAUGGGUGGGCGCUGCACAGCGCCGCUCAACGAUCGCCACACGGCGCUCUGUCUGCUGCUGGAGCUGGGCGUGCAGAAGGGCACCCUGGCCGCCACGCUGGAGUGCGUGGUGCUGCUGCUGGUGCUCUGGGAGAAGGACAAGGCGGGCAACGACAACCGGGACAUGCCGCGCAAGACGGGCGCUCCGUUGCUGCGCAUUCUGCAGCGUUACCAGCGCAUUGGACACACCUCCUCCAAGGCUGGCGGCUUGCCGCAUGGCGGCGAAUCGCUGUCCCUGCCGGUGGUGAGCGCCACCGAGACCUUUCUGCGCUUCCUCAUGCUGCCCAAGAGCAGUGCGGCCAUUGUGGAUCUGCGUCGUGCGGCCGUUGUCAUCAUCUCGCACUUGGAUCGUCUGGUGCAGCCGCUGAUGCCGCGCUGCCUCCUGCGCGGCCACUAUCCCAUCCACAACGGUACUGCCAGCAGCAGCAGCAGCAGCAGCUCAUCCCUGCCCCAGCAGCGUGUGUAUGCGCUGGGCUGGCCCAGCCUGUCCAAGGAGCAGCAGGGCUUCAAUGCGGAGCCAGCACUCAGCUGGAGCAGCGAUCCAGCCGCCCUGCCGCUGCUCAACUGCAAGUUCCAGGUGCAGCAAAUCGUCUGCAGCGAGAGCAUUGUCCUCAUGCUCAGCGAGGAGGGGAAGCUGUACAGCUGGCGCCUCUUCAAGCCCGAAACGGAGCCCCAGCUGCUGGAGGAGAUUGCGCACGAGACAAUUGUCAGCAUUGCCGCGCACUGCGAGGGUCGCCACUUCAUGGCCAUUGACAUUAAUCGCAACGCUUACUCGUGGGGCAAUGGCGAGGAUCAUCGCCUGGGACAUGGCGACACCCACGCUCGGGCUGUGCCCACGAAAAUCACAACUUUGGAUCGCUGCGUGAAGGCUGUGUUCUGCGGCUGCUCCUACAGUGCAGCCAUUACGUGCAGCGGCAACCUGUACACCUGGGGCAGGGGCACGUACGCGCGGCUGGGGCAUGGCAACUCGGACGAUCAGCCGCUGCCCACCGUCGUGAUGGCCCUCACCGAGCACGAGAUCAUCGAUGUGGCCCUGGGCAGUGGCGAUGCUCAUUCCUUGUGCCUCACCUCCGAGGGCCACGUGUAUGCGUGGGGCGAUGCCGACUACGGCAAGCUGGGCAACGGCAAUCUCAAUGGCUCCAUGUCCCCGGUGCUGGUCGAAGCGCUGCCCAAAGUGCAGCGCGUCUUUGCGGGCGCUCAGUUCUCGUUGGCCCUCACCACGGACGGGCAGCUCUAUAGCUGGGGCAAGGCCAGCUGUCUGGGCCAUCAGUUGGUGGAGCGGAGUGCCCAAUGGUGCAGUGUACCCAGACUGAUAAACGGUUUGCAGCACAAACGAAUUGUCGAUGUGGCUGUGGGCGUGGCCCAUUGCCUGGCCCUCUCCAGCUGCGGCGAGGUGUUCGGCUGGGGACGCAACGACAGCCAGCAGAUAUGUCCCUCCGCCGUGUCCAGUGAGCCGCUGCUGCGCGUCCCCAUUCUGGUGGCGCUGCCAACGCUGCCGGCCAGCGGUGUGGCGUGCACCGCCUCCCAGAGCCUGAUCUGGACACAGAGCACACGGCAGGGCGUGCCGCUGCGCUCCCCGUUCGUCAUUGAUCCCGGGGAGCCGACAUUCCGGCUGCUCGACCAGCUGCUGGGCAUGUGCAGCAGCCAGGACAAUCGGCAGACGCCCAACCAGGAGUCCGAGUGCAUUGCCGUCGCCUGCCUCAAUCUGGUGCGGCUGCAGCUGCUCGCGCUGAUCACCAACGGCGUGGAGCCGCGCCACGUGGGCCUGGCCAGCGGCGGACGGCUGCUGGGCAGCCUCAAGAGCCGCAUCCUCAGCCUGGCGGGUGGCAGCCAGGUGCUGCGCACCAUCCAAGUGGCCGCCCAGCAGGCCCUGCAGGAUGGCUGGAGCGUGCUGCUGCCAACAGCUGCGGAACGGGCCCAGACGCUGACAUCGCUGCUGCCCUCGGAGCCGGGACAGGCCUCCUCCUCGGGCCACCGCUUCAUGACCGACCUGCUGGUGAGCUCCCUGAUGGCCGAGGGCGGGCUGGAGUCCGCCCUGCAGCAUGCCAUACGCCUCGAGAGCAGCUCCUGUGCGGCCGAGUGCGUGGACGGCGUGAAUCUGCCGCUGAUGCAGCUGAUCACGCGGCUGCUGGGCAACAACGCGGCCCUCACGCAGACCCGCUUCACGCCCACGCUGGGCAAGCAGGCGCAGCAUCUGCUGCUGCAGCAGCAGCAGCAGGAGAAGGAGGAGCUGCUGGAGCAUCAGCGUGGCGCCCAGGAGCCCAGCACCAGUCCCAGCCUGAGCCUGCUGCAUCGCUUUCAGCGCCUGCUGCUGGCGCACAUCCACCAGGCCGCCGCCGAGGAGGACACCACGGGCGCUGAGGCGCUGCUCGAUCAGUAUCUGCACAGCCUGGUGCCCGCCUGCGUGUCCACGCUGCAGCAGGCCCACGAGCUGGCGCUGCAGUGCCGCGAUCCGGGCGACCAUCCCCAUCCCCAUGCCCAGCCCAGCCAGCAGGCGCGCCACCUGACGCGCAUCCUGCAGGCGGACAUCUCGGACGCGCUGCUGCACGAGCUGCUGGUGGGUCUGGUGCUGCUCAAGCGGGAUCGGCCCCAGUGCCUGGGCAGCCUGCGCUGGUCGCGGCUCUUUCUGCCGCUGCUGCGCGUUCUGGAUCGACUCAAUCGCGCCCUGGGCGAGGGCGAACUGCGCGACGGCGACGACAUGGGCUGGCCCGGCAUCAUCUGCAGGGGCGGACCCAAGGGCGGACCCCCGCCCGCUGAUCCCGAGACGCACUACGUGCGACGCGCCGACAUGGAGAACCAACUGCUCGACGGCAGCCGCUGCAUCAUCCUCGCCGGCUACGUCUGCGAUCUGAGCGGCUACAACUGCGAGUCGGAGUCGCUGAAGGCACUGCUGGAUGCGGGUCUGGGCAAGGAUCUGACGGCUGAAAUGAGCAGCCAGCAGGCGCACAGAACUGCCAUGGAGCACAUACUGCAGCACCACAAGCUGGGCAAGUACAUGGCCCAGGCCAGCAUCGAGGAGAAGAUCGCGUCGCCCAGUCCCACGCGACUCACGCACUUCAGCUCCGAGUGCACGCUCGCCCAGCUGCUGGGCAUUGUGGCCAAUCUGAUGUGCAGCGGUCCCGCGUUGCAGCCGGCGGAGCUGCAGUGUCGCCAGCUGGACAAGAGCACGCUGCUGAGUGGCGGACUGCAGCUGUUCCAGCCCAGCAAUCCCUUCGACGAGGAGAAGGGCGAGGCGCGCAGCAGCCUGCCGAACAGCUGCCACAGCACGGCGGGCAACACGCCCACGGAGCAGCCGCCGCCAGCGCUGCCACUGCAGCCACCACAGCCACUGACACAGCAGCAGCAGCAGCAGCAACAGCAGCAGCAGCAGCAGCAGCAGCCAGGGGUUAGAUCGCAGCUGCAGCAGCGUGCCGACAGCUUCAUCAGUGGGCUGGCGGAGGCGAGGCUGACGGAGCCGCCGGUGGCCGCCUGGCUGGCGCUCACCGAGCGCUACUGCAAGGCGCACAAUUUGAUGUGGCACCAGGAGUUUGCCACCGAGCAUCCCGUCCAGGAGCUGGAGCGCCUGCUGAGCGCCGUGCUCAUUCGGCAUCAGUAUCUGGGCGGCCUGGUGGUGAUUGCGCUCGAGGAUUGUGCCGCGCAGGAGGGCGGCGAGGCGACGCCGCCCAAGCAGCUGGGCGAAAUCAUUCAGCUGGUGCACCAGGCCAAGUGGUCGGUGGUGCGCACGCGGCAGCAGCAGAAUCGCAGCUACAAGGAGGUGUGCGCGCCCAUACUGGAGCGCCUGCGCUUCCUCCUCUACGAGGUGCGCCCGGCCAUCAGUCCGCAGCAGCGGGGCCUGCGGCGUCUGCAGAUACUGCAGCGGUUGCCGCGCUUCCGCUUGCUGGUGCGACGCCUGCUGCAGGAGCUGCGCUCCGCGCGGAAGCCGGCCAAGCCGGAGGAUCUGCUGAAUGCCAGCAUACAGCAGCAGCAGGAGAAGAAGCCGCCGCCGCCGCCGAAGCAGCAGCAGCAGCAGGAGGAGGAUGAGGAGGAGGAGAGCGAGAGCCUGCUGCGACGCCUCAACGAGCGCAAGAUCCAUGGCGAGGGCCAGCUGGACAAUGUGCUGAUGCAGGACAUUGUGGACUUUGCCCUGCAGGACAGCUGCGACGUGGAGACAGCCCGCCGCGCCAUGUACUGCCAAAUGCAACGCUUCCAGCUGCGUCUCGCCGGCCUGCAGCUGGUCCAGCAGCUGCUCGAGCUGCACGGCCUGCUGGACGCGGCCCAGUACAGUCUCCUCAACGGCUUUCUCGGACUGCACUUGAAGUCGUCGGGAGGGAUGUCGGCAUCGGGCAGCUCGCUGCAUGUCCUCGGGCAGCUGAACAUGGUCAGCGCGUACCAGAAGGCUCGCUUGCUGCUCUCGCAGGCGCGCGUCCUCGACUGGGCGGUGCGCGAGCUGCGGCGUCUGGUCAACCAGGAGCAGCAGGGUGCACCGCGCGGCAAGGAGAGCUCCAACCUGAGCACCUACGUGCUGCUGAAGCGCCUGCCGCGUGCCCGCUUCCUGCUGAGCGUCUUCGGGCUGCUGGCCAAGGAGCUGGGCCCCAACGAGCUCGGGCUGCUGAUCAACUCCGGCCUGCUGGGCACGGUGCUCGGCCUGCUGGCGCAGACCGGCGGCGAGGGCCUGGCCGGCGCACAGCCCAACACCGAGCUGAGCGUCCUCUACGAGGACAGCGUGCUGAAGCAGAAGUCGAGCAAGGCGCAGCUGAGUGGCCCCGAUCUGGCCAAGCUCAUGAAGAUUGGCACGCGCAUUGUGCGCGGCUCGGACUGGAAGUGGGGCGACCAGGACGGCAAUCCCCCCGGCGAGGGACGCAUCAUCAGCGAGGUGGGAGAGGAUGGAUGGGUGCGCGUCGAGUGGUACACGGGCGCCACCAACUCCUAUCGCAUGGGCAAGGAGGGGCAGUACGAUCUGCAGCUGGCGGACAGCGCCCUGAACGUUGCCUCGCCCACGGAGCCGGAGCGCGAGGAUGUGGCCGGUGUGGAGGCGGCGCCCAGCAGCGAGUCGCACCCGUCGAAACUGCUGCGCCACUGUGCGGCCAAGCUGCUGCAGAUACUGGCCGUUGGCAGCGGCCUGCAUGGCGCCCACCUGGACAGACAUGCCCUGCGCGGCGUCACCUGCAUGUUCCGCGCCAUCAUCGACCCAAAGCCGGCCAUGGAGAACGUGGCCAGCACGCUGGGCUGGCUCAAUCUUGGAUUUAUACGAGCCAUAGCGGGUGACUGUCCGCGUCUGUGUCUGGAGCUGAGCACACCCGGCUGGCUGGCUCACUAUCUGGAGCUGCUGGAACAGCCGGCGGGCAGCGAGUCGGGCGUCUAUCGGCAACUCCACUGCCUGCGCCUGCUGCAGUGCAUUCUGGCGCAGUGGACAACCGAGGAGGAGCCGCGCAUGGCCAGCUUGGUGCGCCAAUUGUUCGCCACGCUCGGACGCAUUGCCCUGCACUGUCCCGGCGACGUGACGCUGCAGCCGACGGCCGAGGGCAAGGCCCGCGUGCUGCUCACCGCCUCCCACUCGGGCAGCGUGGCCGAGGAGCUCGUCUCGCUGCUGCGCCGCCUGCACACGCUGCCCCACUGGAAUGCGGUCAUCAAUUCGUUUCUCGCCCAAAAGCUGUGCGUGGCCGCCGAGCUGCUGGGCGAACAGGGCGAAGCCUCCACCAGCAGCCCGCUGGACAGCGAGCAAAUCUUCGUGCUCGGCGUGCUCGGCGCCAUGGGUGGCUACGAUCUGCGUCCGCGCGUCGGCUUGCACUGCUUCAACGAGGGCAGCCACAUGAUCAUUGCCAGCUUCACGCACAAAGGCAGAUGCCUGCUGGCAGCCUCCGCCCAGGGUGCCCAGGGUGGCCAGGGUGUCGGCGCCAUGGGCUUCGUGAAGGUGCCGCUGCUCUCGGUGAUGCCGCACCUGGACCACAGCGUCUUCAGCCUCAGCCGCCUGCCCAUGAACGAGAUGCUGCUGAAUGCCUGGACCGUGCUGCUCUAUGGCCCCGCCACGGAGGCGCGCGAGUGUCCGCCCGCCAUGAAUGCCUCCGCCGAGGGCAGGCUGGAUCUGGGCCACUUGCGGGCGCAGCAGCUGCAGCUGGCCGUGCUGCACACCAACAGCGUGCUGUAUCGCCACCAGGCGGCGUUGCGGCGCAUCCUCAAGCAGCGAGCGCCGGGCAUCUACGCGGACGAUGUGGACACGGACACGGACAGAGAGCGCGACCGCGAGCGCGACAGAGAGCGUGACAGGGAGGCGGAUGUGGAGGAUGGCAGCAACGAACGCGAGCAGCAGGAUCGUGCCGAGGAGGAGGAGGAACACUCGGAGCAGGAGCAGGAGCUGCUGCAGCAGCAGCCGCAGUCCGCGGCAGAGACGAGCGGCAGGGGCGGGCAGGAGGCGCAACUCCUGAUCCAAUGCAUCCUGCUGAGAGCCACCCAAGCGUCGCCGGUGCGCGCCUGCUACAGCUACACGGAUCUAUCGACGGCUGCCCUCAACUGCGUCCAGUCGCUGGCCAGCCAGGCGCACCUCGAGCUCAGCGAGUGCGAGGCCGACGGCCUGGCCGCCACGCCCGCCCUGGCCACACCGCCACAGCCCACCAUGGUGCACGGUGUGCCGGUCUACAAUGUGUUCAAGCUGCCAGCGGCAGCGGCAGCGGCAGCGGCUACAGGCACGGGCACGGGCAAGGAAGUGGCCACCAAGUGGCCCUCACGGGUGGCCGCCACCGAUGCGGAGCUGAUCAAUCAAAUCAUGGACAUGGGCUUCCCCAAGCGAACGGUGGAGCUGGCCCUGAAGCAGCUGUCGCUGCAGGCGGAGACAAUGCCAACGCCCGAGCAGAUCGUCCAGUGGAUACUCGAGCAUCCGGAUGUGUGCGCCAACACCAUUGAGGAGGAUCCACUGCCGCCGGCCAGUGGCAGCGCACACGAUCCCGAGGCCGAUUCGGACAAUGAGUCGCAGGCCAGCAGCUUGUCCAGCAGCAGCUCAUCGGCCAAGUCCUCCGCCUCCUCGGACACCGUGGAGGGACAGCCAGGAGCUGGGGGAAGCAGAGCUGCUGCUGCCGCUGCCGUUGCCGUUGCCGUGGCCGCUGCAGCGCCACAGCCGCAGGUGCGAUUUGAGACGCGAAAGGACUUCCAAACGGCCGACCAUUAUGCACUCUAUGUGCGCGGCCUGGUGCGUCCCGGGAUGACGGUGCGCUGCUGUCGCGACUUCGAGGAGAUCAAGCAGGGGGACAUGGGCACCGUGCUGAUCGUGGACACCGAGGGACUGCACGACCUCAACGUGCAAGUGGACUGGCGCAACCAUGGCAGCACCUAUUGGGUGUGCUUCGUGCACAUCGAGCUGGUCGAUCCGCCGCUGGGCACCAGCACCAGCACCAGCUGCAGCUCCACUUCUCUGCUGCGGGAUCCGCUGUCCGCCCAUCUGCAGCUGCUGCCGCGUCCGCCGCCCAUUGUGGUGGGUGCGAGGGUGCGGCCGCGCUGCUCCGCACGCUACGGCGUCUUCAAUCAGAUGCGGCUGGGCAGGACGCAGCGACAGGCCGGCGUCGUCACGGCGGUGCGCGGCAAGCAGCUGACGGUGGACUUUCCCGACCAGCCCGCCUGGCAGGGGCACAUCAACGAUGUGGAAAUGGUCGCCCUGCCGCCCACGCCGGCGCCCAUUGCCGCCGAUCUGCAGAGCCAGCCGGCGCCCACGGAUCUCAUCGAGGACUGGUCGCGCUGCAUACGCUCCCUGACGGUCAGCUCCAAUGAGGCGGCGGCCAAGCAUCUGCUCGAUGGCCUCGGCCAGACCUGGCAGAGCUGCUCGAGCGGGCCGUGCCGCCACUGGAUACGCCUCGAGCUGCACGACCGCAUUCUGGUGCACAGUCUGGCGCUGAAGGUCAGCCCCGAGGAUCACUCGCACAUGCCCUCGCUGCUGGAGAUUCGCGUGGGCGAGUGCAUCGACAGCCUGAAGGAGUACACGUGGAUCCCCGUGCCGGCGGGCGCCAGUCGCGUGCUGCUCAUGCAGCAGGUGCCCACCUACUAUCCCUGGAUCGAGAUUGUCGUGAAGCAGUGCCAGAACAAUGGCAUCCAGUGCAAGGUGCACGGCCUGCAGUUCGUCGGGCGCCGCCAGAAGCCCGACCUCCACCACAUGCUGGCCAAUGCGCAGUUCCUCGCCUGCGAAUACAACGGCCUGCAGGCGGAAGGAGCAGCAGCAGGAGCAGCAGCAGCAGCAGCAUCAUCGCUGCAUGGACUGGAGCAUGGCUUGGCGUCUGCUCCCGAUCAGGAUCUGCCCUGCACCGUGAUGGUGUGGGGCCUCAACGACAAGGAGCAGCUGGGCGGCCUCAAGGGCUCCAAGGUGAAGGUGCCAACCUUCUCGCAGACCAUCAGCCGCCUGCGUCCCAUACACAUAGCCGGCGGCUCCAAGAGCCUCUUCAUUGUGGGGCAGGAUGGCAAGGUGUAUGCCUGCGGCGAGGGCACCAACGGACGCCUGGGACUCGGCGUGACGCACAACGUGCCGCUGCCGCACCAGCUGCCGGUGCUGCAUCAGUAUGUGGUGAAGAAGGUGGCCGUCCAUUCGGGCGGCAAGCACGCCCUGGCCCUCACCCUCGACGGCAAGGUGUUCUCGUGGGGCGAGGGCGAGGACGGCAAGCUGGGACACGGCAACAGGACGACGCUGGACAAGCCGCGACUCGUCGAGACGCUGCGCUCCAAGAAGAUACGCGACGUGGCCUGCGGCUCGUCGCACUCGGCGGCCAUCUCCAGCCAGGGCGAGCUCUACACGUGGGGCCUGGGCGAGUACGGCCGCCUGGGGCACGGCGACAAUGCCACGCAGCUGAAGCCCAAGCUGGUGGCCGCUCUGACGGGACGACGCGUCAUUCAGGUGGCCUGCGGCAGCCGUGACGCCCAGACGCUGGCCCUCACCGAGGACGGGGCCGUCUUCUCCUGGGGCGACGGCGACUUCGGCAAGCUGGGACGCGGCGGCAGCGAGGGAUCGGACACGCCGCACGAGAUCGAACGCCUCUCGGGCAUCGGCGUCAUUCAGAUCGAGUGCGGGGCCCAGUUCUCGCUGGCACUGACGCGCGCCGGCGAGGUGUGGACGUGGGGCAAGGGCGACUACUUCCGCCUGGGCCAUGGCGGGGAUCAGCACGUGCGGAAGCCGCAGCCCAUUGGCGGCCUGCGCGGACGUCGCGUCAUCCAUGUGGCCGUCGGCGCGCUCCACUGCCUGGCCGUAACGGACGCCGGACAGGUGUACGCGUGGGGGGACAACGACCACGGGCAGCAGGGCAGCGGCAACACGUUCGUCAACAAGAAGCCCGCCCUGGUGAUCGGCCUCGACGCCGUGUUCGUGAAUCGCGUGGCCUGCGGCAGCUCGCACUCGAUUGCCUGGGGCCUGCCCAACGCCAGUCUCGAGGAGGAGAAGCGCGGUCCGGUGCCGUUUGGCAGCACGCGCGACCCGCUCGGCGGCAGCAGUCUGGGCAUCUACGAGGCGGAGGUCACCGCCGCUGCUGGCGCCCUCAAGCUGGAGUCGAAGCCGGCCACACUGACCAGCCUCAGCGAGAGCCUGGCCCUGGAGACGCCCGCCGCCAGGCAGGCAGCCUUGGGGCAUGUUCUGCGCGCCAUGAGCAUCCUGCAGGCGCGGCAGCUGAUUGUGGCGGCCCUCACCAGCCACAGCAAGGUGAACUACAAGGAGCGCAGCGCGGGAGGCGCCGGAGGAGGAGCGACGGCGCCAGCAGAGGAGGAUCAGCUGAUCGGCAAUGGCAACGCACCGAUGCCGCUGCCAGCCGCCGAGCCCAUAGCCCAGGGCGGCGGAGAGGCGCCCGCAGAUGCCACGGAUGCGGCGCUGCAGCUGGAGCACAGUCCCGAUGCCCAAAUGGAAGCGAUUGCCGUGGCAGCUGCCACCACGUCCACGCUGCCGCCACUCACCGCUGGACCGUUGAGCGCGUUCCAGAGCCUCACCGGAUCGCUGUCCAUGUCGGGGUCGCUGUCGAGCAGCGCCCUGCCGCCGCAGCACAAGCACUCGCGCAUGUCGGCCAGCGCCAUGUCCGUGAUGGCGGCCACCAUGACGCAGCAGGAGGAGAUGCUGGCCCAGAUCGGUCACACGCACGGCCUGGAUGACUUUGGCGGGCUGCUGGGCGAGCCGGAGGCCAAGAGUCUCGUGGAGCUGCUGAAGCUGGCCGUCUGCGGGCGCUGCGGACCGCCGAGCACGGCGCAGACGAUAGCCGAGACUCUGAUCUCGCUGGGCGCGGGCAAUGCGGCGAUUAGCUCGAUGCUGAUGGAGACCUGCAUCACGGAGCUGGAGGACCUGUGCACGUCGCGCCACUGCCUGGGCAAGCUGCCGAAGCCGGUGAUGCAGGAGAGCAGCCAUCCGUACGUGGACAAUGUGAAUGUGACGGGCGCCGUGCGCAUACCGGGCGCCGAGAUGCUGCGCCUCGAGUUCGACAGCCAGUGCAGCACGGAGAAGCGCAACGAUCCGCUGGUCAUCACCGACGCCGCUGGCCGUGUGCUGGCCAUGCGCUCGGGCCGUGAGUUCGCCCACUGGGCGCCCGAGAUACGGGUGCCCGGCGAUGAGCUGCGCUGGAAAUUCACCUCCGACAGCUCCGUGAAUGGCUGGGGCUGGCGCUUCUGGGUGCACGCCAUCAUGCCAGCGGCGACGCUCGGCGAGAGCGGCUCGGAUCGGGCCGUGUUGUCGCAGCCAUCGAUGGCGCUGGUCAUGUCGCUGCUGGACUCGCGCCUGGCGCCCACGCAGCAGGGCGUGCUCAUACGCCUGGCCGCCGCGCUGGCCGCCUGCUCCCAGCUGGGCGCUCUGACCACCGCUCAGCGCAUCUGGUCGCUGAAGAAGCUGCACGCCGUGCUGCUGCUCGAGCAGGCGCCCAAGCCGCAGGACGCCACGCUGGCGGGCAUUCUGCAGCCGCUGAUACCCGAGCUGCUGCGGCAGUACGAGUACGAGGAGCCGCAAGUGCGCGGCGGCAUUCAUCUCAUGCACUCGGAUUACUUCAAGACGCUGGCGGCGCUCACCUGCGACAUGCAGCUGGAUGCCUCACUGCCAGCAGCGAGCUCAACAGCGGCAGCAGCUACAGUGGGAGGAGCAGCAGCAGGAGCAGCCGGAGCAGCAGGAGGAUCAGCUUUAGCUACAGUUGGAGCAGCUGCCACGGGGGAUGGCCACAAGUGGGCCUGGUUCAAGCGCUACUGCAUCGCGGUGCGUGUGGCCCAGUCGCUGAUACGCCGCACGGAGCUGCCGCGGCCCUUCUGCCUGGAGGUGCGCAAGAAGUUUGCCGAGAUGCUGCCCAAUCCGAGUGCCAGCCAAUCGUCCCACUCGCCGCUCGCCUCCAUGCUCAACUCGACCACGUCGCUGUCCUCGAGCACGGCCAGCAAUGUGACACCGCCGCCGCCGCCGCUGCUGGCGGAGCAACAGGAGCAGCUCUCGCUGUCGCAUCACUGCCCAUACCAGCAGCAGCAGCAGCAACACUCGGAGGCGUCUGCGCUGGUGCUGCUGCACGAGGACCACACGCUGUUCCAGGCGCCACACGAUGCCCAGCUGCUGCAGUGGCUCAAUCGCAGGCCGGACGACUGGGCCUUGAGCUGGGGCGGAGCGAGCACCAUCUACGGCUGGGGCCACAACCAUCGCGGCCAGCUGGGCGGACUGGAGGGCAGCCGCAUCAAGACGCCAACGCCCUGCGAGGCGCUCAGCCUGCUGCGGCCCGUGCAGCUGGCCGGCGGAGAGCAGUCCCUGUUCGCCGUCACGCCCGACGGGAAGCUCUUCGCCACCGGCUACGGCUCCGGCGGCAGGCUGGGCGUGGGCGGCGCCGACAGCUGGGCCAUACCCACGCUCCUCGGCUCCCUGCAGCAUGUGUUCGUGAAGAAGGUGGCCGUCAAUUCGGGCGGCAAGCACUGCCUCGCCCUCACCACCGAGGGCGAGGUGUACGCCUGGGGCGAGGGCGAGGACGGCAAGCUGGGACACGGCAAUCGCAUGAGCUACGACCGGCCCAAGCUCGUGGAGCACUUGAACGGCAUGAAUGUGGCGGACAUUGCGUGUGGCAGCGCCCAUUCGGCGGCCAUCACCGCCAGCGGACAUGUGCUCACGUGGGGCAAGGGACGCUACGGACGGCUGGGGCACGGAGACUCGGAGGAUCAGCUGCGGCCGCAGCUGGUGGAGGCGCUGCUCGGCUAUCGGGCCAUUGACAUUGCCUGCGGCUCCGGCGACGCGCAGACGCUGUGCAUCACGGACGACGACAACGUGUGGAGCUGGGGCGACGGCGACUACGGCAAGCUGGGGCGCGGCGGCAGCGAUGGCUGCAAGCUGCCCUACAAGAUCGAGAGCCUGGCGGGGCUGGGCGUCGUCAAGGUGGAGUGCGGCUCACAGUUUUCGGUGGCGCUGACCAAAUCGGGCGCCGUCUACACGUGGGGCAAGGGCGACUUCCAUCGGCUGGGCCACGGCUCCGUGGACCAUGUGCGGCGGCCCAAGAAGGUGGCCGCGCUGCAGGGCAAGAAGAUCAUCUCGAUAGCCACCGGCUCGCUGCACUGCGUCGCCUGCAGCGACUCCGGCGAGGUCUACACGUGGGGCGACAACGACGAGGGCCAGCUGGGCGAUGGCACCGUCACCGCCAUCCAGCGGCCGCGCCUCGUGGCCGCCCUGCAGGGCAAACACAUUGUGAAGGUCACCUGCGGCUCGGCGCACACCCUGGCCCUGUCCACGUCGCAGCUGAGCGAGCGGCUGCGCCCGCUGCCCAAUCCACCGCUGGAGUACGAUCUGGUGCGGGAUCUGGCGCCCGAGGCGCUCCACGCGCGCCUCAUCCUGCUGCACCACUUCUCGGAGCUGCUGUGCCCCUGCCUGGCCAUGCUGCCCAUCGCCGGCGACCUCAGCCUGGGCGCCCUCAAGGACGUGCUCGUGUACAACAUCAAGGAGGCGGCCUUCCGCAAGGUCAUCCAGACGACCAUGGUGCGGGACAAGCAGCACGGCCCCGUCAUCGAGCUGAACCGUAUUCAGGUGAAGCGCUCGCGCAGCCGCUGCAACGGCCUCGCCGGCAUCGAUGGCAUGAAGAGCGUCUUCGGCCAGAUGGUCCAGAAGCUGCCGCUGCUCACCCAGGAGGCGCUCGCCCUGCCCCAUCGCGUGUGGAAGGUGAAGUUCGUGGGCGAAAGCGUCGACGACUGUGGCGGCGGCUACAGCGAGUCCAUUGCCGAAAUGUGCGACGAGCUGCAGAACGGCAGCGUCCCGCUGCUGAUCAACACACCCAAUGGCCGCGGCGAGGCGGGUGCCAAUCGCGACUGCUUCCUGCUGGAUCCCACACUCGGCUCCGUCCUGCAAAUGAACAUGUUCCGCUUCCUGGGCGUGCUCAUGGGCAUUGCCGUGCGCACCGGCUCACCGCUGAGCAUCAACCUGGCGGAACCCGUUUGGCGACAGCUGACGGGCGAGGUGCUGCGUCCGCCGGAUCUCACCGAGGUGGACCGUGACUAUGUGGCCGGCCUGCUGUGCAUACGGAACAUGGACGAUGACGCCAAGCUGUUCAACACCCUGGAGCUGCCCUUCUCCACGUCAUCGGCGCGCGGGCAUGAGGUGCCGCUGUCCACCAGAUAUACGCACAUCUCGCCACGGAAUCGGGCGGAGUAUGUCCGGCUGGCGCUCAGCUUUCGGCUGCACGAGUUCGAUGAGCAGGUGAAGGCGGUGCGGGAUGGCAUGUCCAAGGUGAUACCAGUGCCACUCUUAUCGCUGUUCUCGGCCGCCGAGCUGCAGGCCAUGGUCUGUGGCUCGCCCGACAUACCGCUGGGGCUGCUCAAGUCGGUGGCCACCUACAAGGGCUUCGAUCCGGGCUCAGCAUUGGUCUCCUGGUUCUGGGAGGUCAUGGAAGAGUUUACCAAUCAGGAGCGCUCGCUGUUCCUGCGCUUUGUGUGGGGAAGAACGCGACUGCCGCGCACCAUUGCCGACUUCCGUGGACGUGACUUUGUGCUGCAAGUGCUCGAAAAGAAUCCGCCCGAUCAUUUCCUGCCCGAGAGCUAUACAUGCUUCUUUUUGCUUAAGAUGCCGCGCUACUCCUGCAAGGCGGUGCUGCUGGAGAAGCUCAAGUACGCCAUACACUUUUGCAAGAGCAUCGACACGGAUGAGUAUGCGCGCGUGGCCAUGGGCGAACCCACCGAGGCGACUGGCAGCGAGGACAACAGCGACCUGGAGUCGGUUGCCAGCCACGAUGGCUAGACGCGUGACGCAGUAUACAUAGAUGGAUCCCACACUCCACUCCACACUCAUUCCUCUUUGGAUAUUAUUAGGAACUACACGGAAAAUAUAGUUAUAGAAUAUAGAAGAAAACAAAAAGAAGCCUUCAAAAGAUACACAACGCAUAACACACACACACACACACACAUAUAGUAUAUAGAUCUAUAUGGUAUAUAGAUGAUAUAUUUAUUUGGAAGUUAGCACAUGCCACAGAGCAAGACAGCUAUAUAGAGACAGCAAAUGAAAGCGAAAGAGAGAACGAUAGAAGCAGCGAGGCGAAAUGAGAAAUGAAAUGAAGUGAAAUGAAUUGAUUGAUCGUUUGAGAAGCGUUAAUGAAACCAAAAAGCUAAGCGUUAAAAUGUUAUUUGCAUAUUUAAAAAUAUUACCACACCCCUAAGACAUUCGAAAUCGAAAUGUAAAUGUUAGUUCAA